AUGGCCACCGUGACCAAGGACCGCAUCACCUGCCACGUCCUCGACACCACCGCCGGCCGCCCAGCCAGGGGCAUCCGCGUCCGCCUCGAGGGCGCCGACGCGACCUUUGAGUCCCUCACCGACGACGACGGCCGCAUCGCCGCCUGGCUGCCCUACAGCUCUGCCACUUCGUCGGGCGAGGUCCCCGUCUAUACCCUCGACGACGUCCUCGGCGCCCUCCAGGGCCCUUCGCGCUGGACCCUGCGCUUCGACACAGAAGCCUACUUUGGCUCCGCCCAGGACACCUUUUUCCCUGAGGCCGUUGUCGUCUUCCGCGUCGACCAGGGCCAGCGCUACCACGUGCCACUACUGCUGAGUCCCUACAGCUAUACCACGUACCGGGGGAGCUGA